AAGCGCCCUGUGUGACGCGAGCUUGUUGUCGGUGCUGUGGCGGGGAGCUAACCAGGUGAGCUAACCUGCAGGCUAGCCGCGGUGUGUGUGAGCGUGCUGCGGCAGGACGGAGGCGGUGAUGGAGCGGACAGGUGCUGCUGCAACAUGAGACGUUUCACCUGAAGAGCAGAAACUCUGUGGAGACGAUGGAGAACGGGGACCUGGGCUACAUGGCGGGGGAGCCGGUGACGCUGAACGUGGGCGGCUGUGUGUACACCACGUCUCUGUCCACGCUGCAGAGAUACCCCGACUCCAUGCUGGGUGCCAUGUUCCGGGGAGACUUCCCCACGCUGCGGGACGCCCAGGGGAACUACUUCAUCGACCGGGACGGCCCGCUCUUCCGCUACAUCCUGAACUUCCUGCGGACGUCAGAGCUCACGCUGCCCUUUGACUUCAAGGAGACGGAGUUGCUCAGGAAGGAGGCCGACUUCUACCAGAUCGAGCCCCUGAUCCAGUGCCUGGGAGACCCCAAGCCCCUGCUGCCCUACCCCACCGACACCUACGAGGAGGUGGUGGAGCUGUCCAGUACCAGGAAGCUGUCCAAGUACUCCAACCCGGUGGCCGUCAUCAUCACGCAGCUCACCAUCACCACCAAGGUCCACUCUGUGUUGGAGUCCAUCUCCAGCAGCUUCACCAAGUGGAACAAACACAUGAUGGACACCAGAGACUACCAGGUGUCCUUCACCUUCGGGCCGUGUGACCACCAGCAGGAGGUCAGCCUGCGCGUGCACCUGCUCGACUUCAUCUCCAAAGCCGGCUUCACCAUCAGGAACACGCGUGUUCACCACAUGAGCGAGCGAGCCAAUGAGAACACAGUAGAGCAUCACUGGACGUUCUGCCGGCGAGCGCGGAAAGUCGACGACUGACGGACACAGACAGACUGUUGCUGUUGUUGUUGUUGUUGUUGUUGUUGUUGUUGUUGUUGUUGAUAAUCAUGUGAUCAUUAAUGUUUGUGUGUGUUUGUGUUUGUGAUCGAUGUUCAGACACAAAAUGAAUCUGAAUUGAUUUCUGGACGUGGAGCUGAAAGACGGGGCUAGCUUACCGCAGGGCUAGCACAGGGGUUUUCAACCUGAGGCCCGGGGCCCCCAGGGGUCCCUGAGGGUCCUCCAGAGGGCCCCGAGCCUCAUGAGGAACAGCUGAGCCGCCUGUGAAGCCGCAGCCUCUCACACGUUAAACAUGACGUCUGCUGCUGACUGAGAGAAACAAAGUGAAUCUGCCAAGAAAAGAUCAAGCAACAACCUGAAAGAGACUGAAAAAUGACAACAGAACGAUGAUUAAAAUGAUGCAUGCAAACAUGAGAUCAGAGGCUGUAGCAGUGAUUAUUGAUUAUUGAUUAUCUGAACAUGAUGUUUGAAUUGAUUUGUCAAGUUAUGACUCCUGGACAGUUCCAUAAUGAAGCUAAACCAAAACCUAUUUUCAUGUCAGAGUCACUUCCUGUGGGGGGCGGGGCCUCAGGAGGGGCCACCUGGGGGCCCGGGGCCUCAGGAGGGGCCACCUGGGGGCCCGGGGCCUGGAGGAGGUUGGGGGCCCCUGGGCUUGGCACAUCAGUCACAUGUAGCAUGUUAGUGUGAAGCUGUGCUGGAGAGCAGCAGCUCCUCCUCCAUCUGUCUCUCUGUCUGCCUGUCUCUCUGCCUGCCUGUCUGUCUCUCUGUCUGCCUGUCUCUCUGCCUGCCUGUCUGUCUGUCUGUCUGCCUGUCUGUCUGUCUGUCUGCCUCGGCGACUCUGCAGGACGUCAGGACCUGAGGACAGACAGGAGCUGCUGCUGGGAGCGUGAGGAGCACAACCUGAAGGAGCUUCACGUCAGAUUUAACCCUCACAGCCUCAGAGACUUUGGCUUCCUGUUGCAAACAUGGAAAAAAAACUGAGCAACUGAAAAAACAACUCAGAAAGGAGAGAAACAACAACAACAAAGAAAUGACCUGAGACCAAGACGACAGCGCUCGCCAGCAGUCCUCACCCCCCCCCCCCACCCCCCCCCCCACCCCCACUGAACACCUGUGGGAUCGGCUCAGGCUGCUGCAGGGGCCAAAGUGACCGACACAACCUUCACACUUCAGUCAUCGACCCACCAAAUACCAGCCAACGGCACAAUCAGCUGUUUGGCACUGGCAGAGAAGAUUUGGCAGAUUUUUCACGGGAGCAGCCCACAUCCUCAGCUCUGCUGCUCCUCCCACAGAGUCACGUUCCUUACUGAUGUGGCUCCAUUUAAAAGGGAAAUAAAGAGGCUUUCCAACAGGAUGACAUUUAUUACCAAGAAGCAUCAUUACAACAAAGAAAUCAUCUACCAAA